CCGGUCCUUCUUUAUUUUUGUAAAAAGCUACAAAAGUCCAGGUCACUGGAAUUAACUAAAUAAUUCGUUUGAAACCCUCGAUCCCUUCAGUCCUGCUUGAACCUCUCAGUUGUCCAGUCGCAGAGAAAAUCUUCUCAAAUACUUUGGAGUCCUUCUGCACAACACAGCUUUCUUCAUUUCACCACCCACUAAUAAAGAGAAAUGGCUAAAUCACUAACUUUUUCUGCAUUACUUCUGUCCUCCCUCCUAAUCCUACUCCCAAGAGGACGGGCCGCCCCACAAGGACACAAUGCAGUCAACUACCAAAACGUCGCCGUUCAAAAGUGGAUUACAAGUACGUUCAUCCAGACUUUCACCAAGUACCAGACGCCAUCCGACCAAGACGCCGUCACGGCUGGCUCCAACUUGUUCGCAACUCUCAAAUCGUCCGACUCUGCAGAUGGCGGCAUCAGCGGAGCAAUUAGCGACGCAACCCCCGACCAAUUGAAGCAGAUAGUGGACAAUUGGCACGAACGUUCCGUCAUUUCAUCUGACUCGGCAGAGGAACAGAAAACCCUGGUUGCUUCGGCCAACCUUUACAAAAAGAUAUUCCAGACCGUUCACAUUCGGGAAGAUGGCGACCUUAUGUUUGGAGUCGUUGGAUUUGCCAAGACGAGCCGGGAAGAUGGCGGAAAGGGAACGGUACUGUAUUCCUUCAGAAAGUACCAGUUCAACAAGAAGCCCACGGAAGUGAGCUACGUGCGAGACGAGAACAAUUGCGCCAUGUGGGGAGUGAUUUGUCCGACUAGCUUUUAUUUUGACGACUUUUCCGAAGAGGACAACCGUCACCUGGAGACCUUCAUGUUGAGCGAGGCAAUCAAGCAGUUCGUGUCGGACAAUUCCGCCUUCAUUACUUACAUAAAUCAAAUUGCGGCCCAGUUCAGGCCUUUCUUACCCAAAGGAAUAAAUAACGCUUUGACCAAAAUUGAGGAACAGUCUGACCAUAGACCGGACCAAGUUUUGGAGAGCGACCCAUUUAGUGCGGAGAACUUGGAGAAGUUGUAAUUUACAUGUUUCAAUGAUUUGAUUGAUUAAUUUCUUCAAUUAUUCUAAUCUUAAUUUUACUUGACACUAAUUUAUUUUACGAGAUUUAUUGGGAGAUUGUAUUAUUGUUUCAUUCAAUUCAUAUUGACGACAAAUUUAUUAUUCUUAUGGAACUAAAAGUUCUUCUAAUUAUUUCAAUGUUGUAAAAUCAUUUUAAUAAAUCAAUACUUGGUUUGAAUCAUCUCAAGUGAGAGACACA